GCCGAUUUUCAGCCGCAAUUUUCGCGCCGGGGUCGUUUCCAUGACCCCCCGGCAGCAGAUGCUGCGGAUGAUAUCCCAUGGAUCCGACCUGGGAGAGGGGCAGGGAACUUUCCUGAGCUCUGUCAUUAACCUGAGCGCCGCCUCCAUGGGCUGCAGCAUUUUGGCCUUGCCCCGGGUCUUCGCCGUCUGCGGCAUGCGCUGGAGUUUGGUCUUCUUGGUGACCUUUUCUUUGUGGGUAGAACUCUCUUUGCGUUGGCUGGUAGCAUGCGGACGCUUCAGCGGUGGUUGCGGUUUCAAGGAGAAUGCACAGUACUUCUUGGGCCGAAGGGCUGCGAAGUUGGUGCAUUUUUGCCAGGUGCUUUUGCUUUGUGGUGGGAUUGUCAUGAUUUUCGUCACCGCCUCCAGCCUUUUAGGCUGCAGUGCCCGGGAGCUUCUUGCAAGUCCUUGUACAGAGGAGGACGGCCCACCAGCCCUCUCCGGCACCUUGGCGACGCUCUGCCGCGCGCAUCCGGCGCCCUGCAUGUCGCCUCAACGAGUUUUAACUUUGAUCGUGCUGGUGGUCCUCCCACUGGCUUGCCAAAAAAGUCUGCACUCGCUGACUGGGGUUUCGAUGCUCAGCUUUGUUUGCUUGGCCUACUUCUUUAUCGUUUUGUUGCUGCGGCUCGCACACCGAGCCUUCACCGCCCCGGCAUUGUCCAUGGAUUUGAUGGAGAUGAGCCAGCAGGAGCUUCCACCGUUCUGGCAGGGUCCUCCUGUACUGCUGAUGUCCUUCCUGUGCCACACCACGGUGUUGCAGUUGGAUUCCGAGCUUUGCCUGGAGGCGAAAGCCAAGGUCUCCCGCGUGAUCCGCGUGGUGAUCUUCGGCAUGGCCUUGCCGUGUUACGCCGUGGUGGGAGCGGGCGGCCUGUGGCUCUUUGGCGGCCGGGUCUCGGCCAACGUCCUGCAGGACUUUACCAACGACCCCUGGAUGGCGGCAGCACGGCUGACUUUGGGACUCAUGAACGUGGCGAAGUUGGCGACCGCGGUCAUCACCUUGCGGGAGGCCUUGGUGUCCUUGGCCCCCUCCAGCCGUGCGCGGAAGCGCCUGCGGAGCUUCGAGGGUCGGCUGCUGAUGGGCUCCGUGGCCCUGGUGCUGGGCGCGCUGGCGGCCUAUGCCAUUCCUUCGCUGACGGCUGUGCUGUCUUUGCUGGGCUGCACUGUGGGUGUCCUCUUUAGUCUUUGCCUCCCCGCAGCCCUCUAUGCCAUGCUGUUAAGACGUGUCUCAAGGACUCGUGGGUACAAGAGGGACUUGGAGGCACCGCUGCUGGCACCGCAGCGGGAGACGGGACCACCACCGGUGUCCUUGCCCAGCAGCGACGUGGAGUGGACGCUCCAGUGGUUACUUUGUGCCGCCGUCUUCACCGGCGGCUUGUUCGUAGGAGGCCUGGGACUCAUGUCCUGGGUACGAGACCCUUGCUGAAGAGCAAAAAAAUCUCCACCGGGGCGUGCCACUGAGCCGGCGAUUUUAAGGGAAAAUGAUGGGAAAUGUAGGUAAAAUCCAGACGG